GGUUGUUCGGCGGCUCUUUCAAGUCUCGCCGAAUUUUCAAGGUUCUGCACAGGACACUUAAUGUUACUUUUAAAAUCACUCGCCUAAAGCGUCAAAGUAUAGAAUAACCGUCUUUGGAAAUACGCAAAUUUACGAAUUUGGAAUUUUCCGUCACGUAAUAGUCCUAGGAAGCCAUGUAGAUAACGUUCAACAAGUUCUGUUUUGUUCCAAUAUUAGCUUCUAAUCUACUUUUAUGUUACGUGAUCCACCACUAAUAUCUGUGAUACCUUCAUCUUUUAUAUACCCCAUAAGUGGAUAAUUGUCUUGAACCGUGCAAGAUAUGGUGAUGGUAUUUUACAACAGAGCUAACAGUUUACCCACGAAUAUGAAUCAUAUAUGUUAUUAGCUAGUUUUAUGAUAUUAACGUUUUUAUUUGCGUAAGCUGUUUAUCCAAAAGCAGAAACUUAAACGGGUAUGCGGAGAUAUGAUCUCUAAACCUUUCAUGGAAUGUUUCUAUUCACAAAACAAAGAAAUAAUGUUAGGGGUUAAAUUCUUACGGUAGUUGUUUUCUCGUCAUCCUGAAGCCUGUAUAUGCUUUCAGUUGGGAAUGGGUUAUUCUUUUACCCAUCAUAAGUUAAAAUUUCAUCAGGUUCGCUGACCUGUCGAGUGCACUUUAUCAUUCAUAGCUAUAAGUAUACAUCUCAAGUAUAUGAGUAAUAAAGACACUGGAAUAUGGUAGCACUAGUCACAGCAAGUUGCGUUAUUAGUGACACAAAAGUUUAUGAGACCAGCUUUAUGAUAAAUGUGCUACUCAGUUCUAAAGAGAAAUGAGCUCAACAGGGAUUAAACUUUCAAUCUUAAAAAUGAUGUCACGAUUUGAAAUGCUUUCAACAUCAUUAGACAACUAGACUAGUCUGUGUAUAUCAGCCGAGUACUUCUCACUGUUGGCUUCAUUUAUAAUUGUUUUAUUUUUCAGCUGUGAAAACUUAUCUCUUCAUAACAGGAAAUCCUAUGUAAUUGAGUAACCAAUUGAAAUGCCAUUCCACUAUUACUCAUUUCAAAUUCGUUGUGCACACUGGUUAUUAGCUCGAAUCAGUCUCUUUCAGUCAGUUUGCCUGUUAUUAUGGUUAGGCGAGCGAGCUUAUCAUGAAACAGAGCCACCUAUACAUCCAUGGAUAGUUUAUACGUAUAUUGGCUGUGGUUUGAUCGCAUCAACUGGAAUAACAAGUCGUUUUUUAACACGUUUAUCAUUAACCAUAGUCCUCUUAAGUCAGUUGUACAUAACAUAUGUGUUUUGUUUAGAAAAACGUUUAGGGUAUUCAAAAUGUAUCCGUGCACGUAUUAGUUUAAGGUGUUUGACUACUAUUGGUGUAUAUUUUCGACUGCUUGGAGUGAAUGACUAUAAUGAUAAACGAAAACAGUCAGAUUCACACAAUAGCAAUAAUCAAGUUGAUCAAUUACACAAAAUCAAGCCAACUACAAGUGUUUAUGCUUUCGGCUUAACUAUAAUGUCUGUAUCAUUAUGUUUAUUAAGUAUAUUCUGUAUACCUGUAGAAAUAUUCCAACUGGAUAGAGAUAUUCAACUGACAGAAAUUAAUUCAACAUUAAUUUUAUCAAUGAACAGUUAUAUAUCUAAAUUAUUAAGUCUAAUUUUAGGUAUAUGUUUGUUAACGGCUGGUAUCAUCUACUCAAUUCCUGUAAUUAUACAUGAUCGAUUUCUAUUAAACAAUACAUUUUCUUAUAAAAAUUAUUUAUUCCAAUUUGCUGAUUAUCUUACCGGAUUUUCAUUUUUAAUGUUUUCUUUAAUUCGUGAUUGUAAUUUUAAUUAUUGGCAUAUUAAAGGAUGUGAAUUUUGGUUAGAAAUACGUGUACUUCUAGAGAAUAUUACUAUUCUCUUAGGUAUUUUUGUGAUAAAUGAUUUGCUUAUUAACAAUAGUGUAAGUAGCCUAAAUGAGAAAUAUUUAAAAACAUUGAAAGUGAAUAGUAAAUCAUUAAAAAGUCAAUAGAUUUAUGUAAAUAAAAGGAUUUUCCACUUUGUUACUUUAAUUUCUACUUCAUUUUUUGUUUUAUUAAAAGAUGUUUGUUUGUUUGUUUGUAUUUAACUGGUGAAUGCUAUGUAUAUUGUUUAUUGAAAUAGAAAAUGCGAACAA